AUGGCGACGCUGAGGGUGGCCUUAAAAUUCGAUUCGGUAGUUGGGUUAAUUAGGGAGAGAGUAGAGACGAAGAGAAAUGAGAGGGAUAGAAGUAUCAUUGAAUCAAAUGCAAAAGAUAAGGUUAUAGAGAGCUGUGCAACAGCUAGAGUCUUUUGCGACGGUGAAGUGGUAGCGACACUCUAUGAAGUGGUGGAGCGUGUUACCAAAUUAGUCUACGUUCGCACUUUAUGCACCAGCAACAGUCCCACUCGCUAUCAGUCUAAUACCCACCUAAGAGUUGCCAAAGAAUUGCAGGAAGAACAGCGAGUACCGGUUAUUACAAGUACUGAAUUGGCAGAAGUCUUUAUAGAAACUCCACAACCAAAAAUCAACAAGGAAAAGAGGAGCUUAUUAUACAAAAGGGCAACGAGGAUGAAAAUAAAAAGGGAAACAAUGAAAGAGUACUUACGAGCAGCAACAAGAAUAGCAAAAGAGAUAAAUAAAGCUUCCAAAGAACUUGAACACUAA